UCGACCUGAGUUGGAGGGUCAGAGGAGGAGUGCCCAGCCUGGACACCACCAUCAGUAUUAGCUUGUCUAAAUAAAGAUCUGUGUUAAGUGGAAACACGGUGCAGGGUUUCAGGAGCAGUCUGGGCGGGGGAGGGCGCUGGUUUUGAAACGUACGGGGCCGGGCCGGGCUGGGCUCCGUCAGCUAACUCUCUGCUUCAGCGUCCGACAUCUUGCCUCCUACCAACGGAGACGGCACAGUCGGGUUUUCACGGUCAGAUGUGUUUAAGAAGUGACGACCGGACCAAAGUGGUUCUGUGUGAGCCAGGACGAGACACCCCAGCCUCUUUGCGGAACCGCUUCCUAUUGGAAUUUUCCGGUCCAGCAGUAGCACAGCGCCUGUCGAAGGGACCGUUCGGUGAUGUUUCCGCUAACCCCUGGACUGGGAGCACGUACAGUAUCGACCAAAGAGGAGCACCAUCCAGGUCACCGGGCAGAUCGGCUGGAGGAGGGAAGGAGCUGACGCAACGAGCUGUUUCUGGACGUGUUGGAGGGCGUCAGCCUGCUCAUGUUACCACAAGGAUAAAACACUUGGCGGGGACGAAGGAGUCUCAACAGAUCGAGCUGCUGCCAACAAACGACAAGAAGAAGUGGACACAACCAUGAACUUCGAGGUGCCCUUUGCUCCAUCAGGCCUGAACAUUUGCUUCCUGAAGAUCUUUGAGCCAAAGUUAAACUACAGUGAUCGCAACCUCAUUAAAUGGGUUUGUUAUAUCGGACGCAAUGGGAUCUAUGAGACACGCUUACUCCGCCCCACUUCUGUUGGUGCUGGGGCUGAUGGGAAGGAGAGAUGCCCUGUGACAUCACUGCUGUUCUAGUUUGUGCUGUGAUGAUUCAGUCAGAACAUUAUAAGUGUGUCAUGUGUUACCUGACCAGGUGCGUGUCAGAGUCAGAGAUGUCCAUCCGGUUUCAGUUUGUGUCACCAGUCAGUCAUCUCUUUGGUGGGUACACUUGUCUAAGUCUGGAAAGGACCCCUUUCAGCACUUUCUGAUAUUAACGGUGUUUCUCUAGCACAGUGCUGUACAACAAUGCAAAAACAUCCCCAAAGAAACAGUACAAAAAUAAAAGCAGCCAAAUCUUUAUGACACUCUUCAGGCUACACAUACAUGUUAGCCUGUAAAAGUAGAUUUUAAGGUGAUGUUUCAACAUAUUUGCUGUGUGUGAAGCCCGACUUCCUCUGGAAAAUGUUUCCAAAGAUGUUGGCCUGUGUCAGAAAAAGCAGCGUCUGAGGAGUGACCAGGAGGCCAGAGUCUGAGGAUCUCAGAGCUGCAGAAGGAGCAUAAAGCCUAACCUGCAUAUUAGAAACGUGUUCAGGUGUCAACCCAUUAAGUGACUUAAAGAUGUGCAGCUGCAUUUGGAGCCUGUCAGAUGCCUUUUUGUGCAGCUGCAGAUGUUUCAGCUCUGGUGUUUAAACUAGGGUCUGAGGAAACGCUCCAGCAGCAUCCUGGACCUCAUGGAUCCAUGUUCACCUUCUGAUCCUGUAGAUUCCCCAGAUCAGGACAGGUUGUCGUCCUCUGCUCACUCACUGCCUGUUCUAACAGAACACUAAAUCUAACAUGAAACUGGGGGCCAGAAGGACCCCAGGAUUCACUUCCCUCUGCUCAGACAGAAACAGGAUUCUGUGCUCUUGUUCACGAAGCUGUCACGUCUCAGACAUGUUUUUUAUCUCUGUGUCAUGUCUGUCCUGAGUACAUCAGAUCAUCUGUCAGGACACUCCACUGAGUGCACACCUGUCUGAGGACUGAGCUCUGUGGGGACACCGAGUAGCCAGUCACAUUCCAGAAAACAUAAAGGCGUGGCCACAGGUGGCAUGAGCAUGUUUAUUUCUAGAAACUGGACUGAAACCAUGACGCAGGGCUGAGAGAGCAUUUGGGUGAACCGAUCCUUUAACCUGCUUAGAAACUGGAACCAAUUGCACCAUUUCAGCUAUGGUUUCGAUCCCUGUUCUGGGUUUGUAAAGAAGUACAGAGGCACAGAGUGAGACCUCCUGUCUCAUAGUCAAUCUGUGGUCAGUGUCGUUACCCAGCAUGCCUCACUCUCAAUGUUUGUGUGGUUUAUUGAUGACUGGUGAAGAGGAGGGUUUGUUAUUGUAUGUUUCCUUUUUAAAUGCUAAAUAGUCUUAUACGUGUGCAGCGCUUUUCUUUGCAUUACAGCACGCUCAAAGCGUCUUCACACUAUUUGCUUAUUCACACACAUAACGUUGACAUCACAAGGAGCAACUCGGGGUUCGGUGUGUUGCUCAAGGACACGUUGACACGUGGACUGGAGAAGCCGGGAAUCAAACUGCCAACCUUCCGGUUAGGAGACGUCCCGCUCCUCCUCCUGAGCCAGAGCUGCCCCCACUUUUACACUUUUUGUAUGCAGAUGUGUUGUGUAACAUUACGUUGUAAAACUGUGUGAGUGUGGAGAAGAUGUUUCUGUAAAUCAGCUGCAGCUUCACGUUGUUUUCCUAAUAAAAUGAGUUUGACUGAC